AUGGAUUCGCAUUUCGCUCAGUCCCGGCUUAUUUGGCGACCGGCAAAUCCUGCUCGCACUGCGCUGGACGCGUUCCGACGCAUGGUAAAUCGGAAACAUGGCUUUCACCUGCGAGAUUAUCAUGAACUGUAUAAGUGGUCCGUAGAAGAGGAUCAAUUCUGGCUAGACUUAUGGGAGUUCACGGGCAUCAUAUAUUCAGUCCCUCCAGCUAAGAUAUUAGAAGAAGGCCACAUGAAAGAAAUCCCCACUUGGUUUCCUGGCGCGCGACUUAAUUAUGCAGAGAAUGUUUUACAUCGCCAAGACGACGCUAUUGCGUGUACUGCAGCCCGUGAAACUGGUUCUGUAGAACACUAUAGUUUCCGACAAUUGCGGCUGUUGGUGAAGGAAAUGGCAGCCGCUUUGAGAGUGAAUGGUGUCAUCUCGGGAGAUAGAGUUGCAGCCAUCGUUACAAAUGCUAUGCCUGCUGCAGUGAUAGCUCUAGCAUCAGCGAGCAUUGGCGCGAUCUUCUCCAGCACUGCUACGGACAUGGGUACUCAAGGCAUUCUAGAUAGGUAUCGACAAAUCCGUCCCAAGAUCAUAUUCUCGGAGACGGAAGUUACCUGGUUGGGUAAGCCAAUUAACCUGAUGCCUAAAGUAACAGAAGUUGCGCAGGCCCUUGGGUCGUAUGGGUUACAAACUGUUGUGUUACUACCGAGUACAAAGAGUGGGGAGAAUUUGUCUACUCACGAGAUGGCUCGUGUACCAAGCAGCAUGUCACUGUCCGCUUUCCUUGCUACAGGCGAUAAUCGAGAGCUGGUUUUCGAGCAGUUGCCGUUCAACCACCCACUGUAUAUCUUGUAUUCUUCCGGAACAACUGGUCCACCCAAGUGUAUUAUUCACACAGCUGGGGGCGUGUUAUUGCAAGUCAAGAAAGAUCAUCGUUUCUCACUCGGUCUAUCGCCUGACGACACGUAUUUCCAAUUCACCACGACUGGCUGGAUGAUGUGGCCUUAUAUGCUACAAGGACUCGCUUGUGGGAGCCGGAUAAUUUUAUAUGAUGGCUCGCCCUUCUACCCAGAUGUUUGUGAUUUCCUGAAGUUCCUCAGUCGCGAAGGAGUAACCGUUUUCGGUACUAGCCCACGUUUUCUCACCGACGUCCAUGCGAAGGGCAUACAGCCAUCACAGGUCGCGUCAUUCGAGUGCUUGCGCACGCUCUCAUCCACCGGAUCUGUCUUGACUGCUCCAAUGUUCGAAUGGACCCAACACGCAUUCAAUUCCGACUUACACAUAAUCUCGGUAUCCGGUGGGACGGAUGUAUGCGGGGCAUUUGUUGGAGGGGUUCCUAUGCUCCCGGUGCAUGCAGGAGAGAUCCAAGGAAAGCUCCUCGGGAUGAAAGUGGAGAUUUUUGAUGACAAUGGCAAGAACAUUGAGGAUAGUGGUGUCCCUGGAGAACUAGUGUGCACUCGGCCGCAUCCAUGUCUUCCGCUCGGAUUUUGGGGCGAUGACUCCGGCGAAAAGGUUCGGAAGGCGUACUUCGAGCAAUAUCCAGGCGUCUGGCGCCAGGGCGACUUCAUUGUCAAGAACGUUGAGACGCAGGGGCUCAUGAUCCUCGGACGCAGCGAUGGUGUGUUAAACCCGAGCGGCGUUCGUUUCGGUUCAGCAGAAAUCUACUCGGUGCUGGAGAAUUUCUCUGACUAUAUUGACGACUCGCUGUGUGUUGGCCAACGGCGCAAGCAAGAUAAAGAUGAGCGUGUUUUGCUCUUCGUCAAGAUGUGCUUUGGGCGCGCCUUCACCGACGAGCUGGCCGACAAGAUCCGCAGUGCCAUACGUGCUACGCUCAGCCCCAGACAUGUGCCGGCGCACAUAUUCGAGAUUACGGAUAUACCUUAUACGGUCAACGGCAAGAAAAUUGAGAUCGCUGUGAAGCAGAUCGUCUCGGGUUCUAACCUCAAGCCAAGUGGCACGGUCGCGAAUCCUGAAUCCCUACAGCUCUACUACAAAUUUCGGGAGCUGGAGAAGUUAAUUGGUUGCAGCCUGGAGUCGAAGGCAAGGGCAAAACUGUGA